CCCUGUUGUCAGUUGUGUUGUGAUGGCCACCCACAUUUAACAAAAAUCCUUAUUUUUUAAUUAUUGUUCUGCAAUAAUAUUCAAAAUACGAUCGUAUUUAUUAAUUCCUAAUCUUCGAAUCAUCCAAGGAAAAUGUCGGCCGGACCGUAUAAUUAUUCCUAUAUUUUCAAGUACAUCAUUAUAGGCGACAUGGGCGUUGGAAAAUCUUGUUUGUUGCAUCAGUUUACGGAGAAAAAGUUUAUGGCAGAUUGUCCGCACACAAUCGGAGUGGAAUUUGGCACGCGAAUAAUCGAAGUCUCGGGACAAAAAAUAAAAUUACAAAUUUGGGACACUGCCGGUCAGGAACGUUUUCGCGCCGUCACCAGAUCCUACUACAGAGGCGCCGCAGGCGCCCUUAUGGUCUAUGACAUAACCAGACGGUCCACCUAUAAUCAUUUGAGCAGUUGGCUCACUGAUACUCGUAAUUUAACCAAUCCUAGUACAGUUAUUUUCCUUAUCGGGAAUAAGUGCGAUUUGGAGGCUCAGAGGGAUGUUACUUACGAGGAGGCCAGUAAAUUUGCUGAAGAGAAUGGGCUGUUGUUUGUUGAGGCCAGUGCAAAAACUGGCGAUAACGUAGAAGAAGCCUUUUUGGAAACGGCCAAAAAAAUCUACCAAAGCAUCCAAGACGGACGAUUAGAUUUGAACGCGGCCGAAUCCGGCGUGCAGCACAAGCCCUCUCAACCCGGCCGCAACAAUUUGUCCAACGACCAACAAGCUAAUAAGGACAAUUGCGCAUGCUAGUUUGUCCAACUCUAGGUACACAAUUUGGAAUCUCUUGUUGUUGAUUGGGUCAUUUUUUGGAAGGGGUUUUAAUUUUUAACCAGCUAAUAAUAAAAUACUUGCUUAUUUAAGCGAGUCAUCACUCUUGUUAAUUUAAUAAAAGUAUUUUGAUUUUGAGGUUACAACAUCAAUUAUAAAUUGUUAGUGUUGGGAUUUUUUCCUCGGCCAAUAAUGAUGUUAGAGUAUUAUUUAUCUAGCCCACAUAAUGUUUGUUUGAUUCCAAAAGCGUUUGUUUAAAUUAAGGUUUAUUUUUCCAAUAAUUAAUAUAUUGUUUUUUUAUGAUUUUCAUCAAAAAAAAAGUAGCUAUAAGAUAUUAAGUGUUUUAUUUAGGUACGGUUUAUUCAUCUUCAGAUAAACUAGCUAGUAACUAUCUGCAAGAUAAAUUCACCGUUCUAUAAUUCUGUUGGUCCAUGAAUAACUGGCCAACCAAUGGGAUUAUAGAUUGCGUUUUUAUCUGUCAGAUUGCAUACCUGACAAUUUAUCAGGUGAAUAAAUCGGCCCUUGAAAUAAUAAUUAUUUGUUACAUCUUAGGUAUUAAGAGAAACUUUGUAUGCCUCAUAUCUAUUAUUACUUGAAGUACCAUUAUUUAUUUGAAUUUGUCCAUUCCAAAAAUUAUUAUUGGCUUCAUUUUUCACUUACGAACAGGCAAAAUAUAAUUUAAAUUGUUGAGGCAUUAAGCUUAAACUUAGGGCACGUUGCAUUAAUGUAAUACCGUUUUAUCUUUGUUUGCAUCGCAGCCUUAUUUUAGUGAUGAAUGUUUGUAUGUGAUUUGUUUACUAUAUUAUAAAGAGAAGAGUAAAACUAUUGAUUAAAAACACUAUAAGUUAAGAUAGGGGUUGUUUUAUUACUCACUUAACGUUUUCUUGCUUAGGGUUAUUGACAAUAA